AUGCGUACAUCAUCAUGGAUCGGGUUCGAGGGUACUACGUUGGACGUCGUCUGGAAGGAACUGGGCUGGUUCAUGACAGCUAAGCUUGGUCUGCAGCUUCGCCGCUUCGUGAAAAUUCCCAGGUCUGUUACCUCAUCAACUGCCGGAUCGCUCGGCACAGUCGAAUAUAAGUCUUUCUGGCUAGAAGAUCGCUACGGUCUUCCGGCGAAUUCUGGCCCUGCCGAAAUUGUCCACGUAUCCUGUUUCCUUCCAGUACGCAUCCAUGUACAAUUUCAACAUUCCUCAAGACUAGGGUUGGAUGGCCCGUUUAUGGUGACAUCUAUUUGCCUGGAUCAUGGUCGGCUAUCAUGA